AUGAAUUAUAAUUAUUAUCAUAAUCAACUUGAUGCUUAAAGAGGAAUUCAUUAGAAUUUAUAAUCUGUUGGAAAAUUCAAAAAAGGAAUUGUAUUUUAGAAUUAUCCUUUUAAUCCAAUUUAAAAUUACACCUCAAACUUUAAAGCACGUCCAUAAACAUCUUAAACUUAAACUGUAAAAAAACCUUCAACAGCAUAAGUAGACAUAAAUAAAUAGCUCAAUAGUCUUUUAGACACUUUCCAAGAGCAGCAACAUCUUAGACUCAUAGAUAACACAAUAUGCUCUUUUCUGAGUAACCUAAAUAACUUGAAAUAAAAACAAAACCAAGUAAAAGAUUUAUGAAGAUAUACUUUAUGAAAAGUAANCCGUAUUUUGUAUCAAUUCUUAAUAAUCUUUUAAUUUCAUAUUUCUAUCUACUUGCAUAACUUCACUCUCAAAUGUUUGUUUAUACAUUCUGUCUAAAGAUAUCUAUUUGA